CCGAGAGCGAGUCCUCAUGUCCCUGUGACGAUGUUGUGGACGGUUGGAGAGGAUGGAUAGUCGUGGGAGCUGCUGCUUGCUCACUGUUUGUUUAUCUCGGCAUCAUUUACUCCUGGGGAGUUUUGCAAGUUCAGCUAUUAGAAUCAACCUCCUCUUCUUUGACGACAUUGACGUUCGUCGGCUCUCUGGCUACGUCCUUCAUGGUGUCAAUCAGUAUCCCGGUAGGACUGAUAAUCCGGAGAUGGGGAUACCAACGAACUGCUCUAGCUGGAGCAGUGCUUAUGGGUCUAGGGGAAUUCCUCGCGAGCUGGGUAACGAAGCACGUUGGUGCAUUGUUUGUGACUCAUGGUAUCAUCUUCGGCGUCGGAGGAGGCCUGACGAUUCUGGUAUGAUUUCCUUGUAAUAUUUUUCAUAUUUGGCGUUAUUUCUUUCUAUCCUCUAUGCUGUUGUUGCAGUAAGUA